GUGAAAUACUUAAUAUAAGGGUCAACUGCAUUUGGAGGGUGGGUUGGGAAUUAUUUGGAGAAAAGGGAAGAAUGGUUUUAUUCACACUGGACUUGGGACUGCUAUUUUCUGAGGAAUUAAUUAAGCAUGGGAACAGUCUAGAUCCUAUUCCCAUAUUGUCUAUUCAGAAGCUGCAGGGUACCUAGACAAUAAAUGUACUAAAUGGUGAAGAAUUGAUAAUAUGUGGUUUUGGCCUUAGACCGGGAGUACCCAGAUUCUAGACUUAGAAUAUCUCAUUACACUGUUCUCAGUUUUAUCACCUUGAUCAUUUUAGACAAUGAAAUUAGCUUGGAUUUGCCUCUACAAUUUGAGCUUCAGAUGAGAGUAAUUUGGGGGACAUUUUCUCUAAGGGGGUAAACCAGGGUACCUUUGGACAGGAAAUGACCAAUGACGCUUUGUAAGCCCAUUCACCUGGCCACAAGUGGUAAGUGAGAAAACCAAUAGUGGACACAAAAAUUGGUCCACAAAAAUUGGAGAGAAUUAGGGAGACUCUUGAGUGUGGAGGCAGCAGUUGGUGGGGCAUGUAGCACACAAGUAAGGACAGCAGGUGGCACUAUUUAUUAGUGUUACAUUGGCUGCUACCCCCUCGGAGGUAAAAGUAGCAAGAAAUUUAAAGAACCAACUCCCCAUUUAAUACUCUUGGUGGCUGACCCUUGCUUCUUCAGAUUUGAGAAGUAAAUGUGAAAAUCCCAUUUUGUGUGUAGUGGAAGGGUAGGAAACCUCAUGCCAUCUAGGUGCUUUUCCUGAUUUUUGUUUCAACUUGUGAGCUUUGCAGAUCUCAUUUUUAAGUACAUGGCUACCAUACACACAAGCGCAUACCUCUGCCAAAUGGCUAUACAAGGAAUGGGUUUAGGGGUUCUAAUCCUUUUGCUGACAUGUCAUCUCCCCUAGGGGUUCCAAAGAUUUGGAUAGGGUGAGACAUAUCCAUGUACGGUUUCUCUGGGGCCCAAGUCUUUUGGCUCACAUUAACCUUUCCAUAGGUAAUUUCUUGAAGUAGCAAUGAGGCCAAAAGGCUUCUAGGAAAUAAACUCAGGUUGAGACACCUAUGGAAUAAUAUGAGUGUUUCUGUGCGCGCGCCACUCUGCACCCCCAGGAUGAGCUCGAAAAAAUAUAUCACUAAAUAUAGCGCCAACAAGCUUGACCGUGACCUCGCCAAAGCAACAGUACUAGGGAAAAGGAGCAAAUCUUGACAUGAACAAAUAAAAGAUCUGGAGCAAGAAAGUCUGUUAACUCCCGGUGAGAGAGCGUGGUGAGACAUUGGAGCCUAAAGGAAACAUUAUUUCACAGGCACAUUCACUUGUCUCUCCCUUCCCUCGCACACCUGAAGCUCAGUUCAUGGCUGUCAUCUCCCGCCCCCUUUUCUAUCAUGGCCAAUCAGAUUGCCCAGUUCAAAACACUUCUUAGCGAUCUUAAGAGCUAUUCAGGAGUCAUUUGCACGCGGGUCUACGCGCCGGAAGGCGGUGAGCAGAAACGAUUCUAACCGCUUUAAAUCCCAGCACUUGGGGUUGAUGGGAGCAGACCCUUAAAGCUGUACCUCAAUCUUGUAAUUUUGAGCAAGGAGUUGGUUUUGGCUAAGGUCUCUCGGGCUUCUCAAAUGCCAACCGCAGCACCAUGGGGGCGUGGUUAAUGUCUUGUUGGGACUCAGGGAAGUGCAGUUCUCUGGAGGACGAGGCCUGAUAAUACCAUAAAAGGCUGGUUGUCUCACUUCUGAAGGCACGUUCGUUGACCUUCCUUUAGGAGCGAUACCCGCCGAUUGCCCUGUGCGGAACCCUUAGUUCUCGAGUCUUGUCUCUGCUUCCUAGCUUCAUUGGCUCCGCCUCCAUAAGCCUUACUGGUCCACUCUCAGAACGCCCUCCUGGAUACAGACCGCACCCCCUCGCCUCGACUCCGCCUCACCAGCCUGUAGCUUGGCCCAGGCGGUAGUUCGCGUUUUGAGCCGUUCGUGCCACCAUAGCUGCUGCUGCUGCUGCCGCCGCGGAGCUGAAAUCGCCGAGCGCGAUGCCUGAGGGCGCUGUGAGCGGGGUGGCCCCCGCGCCCUGGGGCUGGUGAGGCUGGGCCCGAGCGGGGGCGCUGGCGAGUAGCUGGGGCUGCUGAGGGAAGUGAAAGAGAAGGGUCCAGUCUCCUGCGGAGGGCCAAGGGUCGGGGUGGGGGAGGGAGGCUCCCGUGGCAGAACCGGUUGCCGGGCCACAGCGAGCCCCGCAGCGCCGAGUGUCCCCACGGCCGCCAGCUCAGGUGUCCAAAGCCCCCGGCGGGACUCCUUAGUGGCCUAGGGGACCUCCUUCUUUAGACACCGCAGUUGCCAUGGGAACAGUUGGGCAUUAACGGGGACCAGACCAACCACCAGCCCUGCUAGGGCCAAUCCCAUCCCUCCGGCUAAACGCCUUUGGCAGGCGUGGGCCUGACAUUUCUUUGCAGCUCAGGCUUGCCCCCCCCCACCCCCCCUUUUUCAUGGGUUUGUCCUUCAGAUGUAACAAACAGCGCGGUGCUAGAAGGCAGGUAUGAGAAAGAGGGAGAGGGUAAUACCUAGAGAUAAUAGCUGCAGACACGACUAGGCAGAAGGUAAGGUGGCCUCUGCCAUCUCAGGUCAGUGGGAGGGCAUACUGGAAGGACCUGUGGAGUGGGAAGGCAGUGCUGCUUUUGAGACAAGUCCCAAGAUUGGGCCAGGAACUGUCCCCUGGGGCUCCUCAUCAUGAUGGCUGUGGAAGGGUCAACCAUUACCAGCCGGAUCAAGAACCUACUUCGAUCCCCAUCCAUCAAAUUACGCAGGAGUAAGGCAGGAAACCGGCGAGAAGACCUCAGCUCCAAGGUGACCUUGGAGAAGGUGCUUGGAAUAACAGUGUCUGGAGGCAGAGGACUUGCCUGCGAUCCCCGAUCCGGUUUAGUUGCCUACCCAGCUGGGUGUGUGGUCGUGCUGUUCAAUCCCCGGAAACACAAACAGCACCACAUCCUCAACAGUUCCAGGAAAACCAUCACUGCCCUGGCCUUCUCUCCUGAUGGCAAGUACCUGGUCACUGGAGAGAGUGGGCACAUGCCUGCCGUCCGGGUUUGGGACGUGGCUGAGCAUAGCCAGGUGGCGGAGCUGCAGGAGCAUAAAUAUGGCGUGGCUUGUGUGGCCUUCUCCCCUAGCGCCAAGUACAUUGUCUCCGUGGGCUACCAGCAUGACAUGAUUGUCAAUGUCUGGGCCUGGAAGAAAAACAUUGUGGUGGCCUCCAAUAAGGUGUCCAGUCGGGUGACAGCAGUGUCCUUCUCUGAAGAUUGUAGCUACUUUGUCACUGCAGGCAACCGGCACAUCAAAUUCUGGUACCUCGAUGACAGUAAGACCUCAAAGGUGAACGCCACUGUGCCCCUGCUGGGCCGCUCAGGGCUGCUGGGGGAGCUGCGAAACAACCUGUUCACUGAUGUGGCCUGUGGCCGAGGGAAGAAGGCCGACAGCACCUUUUGCAUCACGUCCUCAGGCCUGCUGUGCGAGUUCAGCGAUCGGAGGCUUUUGGAUAAGUGGGUGGAGCUGAGAACUACUGUGGCCCACUGCAUCUCUGUGAGCCAAGACUACAUCUUCUGUGGCUGUGCUGAUGGCACCGUGCGCCUCUUCAACCCCUCUAACCUGCACUUUCUCAGCACGCUGCCCCGGCCCCACGCCCUGGGAACAGACAUUGCCAGCGUCACUGAGGCCAGUCGCCUCUUCUCUGGAGUGGCCAAUGCCAGGUAUCCAGACACCAUUGCCUUGACUUUUGAUCCUACUAAUCAGUGGCUGUCUUGUGUAUACAACGACCACAGCAUUUAUGUUUGGGAUGUGAGGGACCCCAAGAAAGUGGGCAAGGUGUACUCAGCUCUGUAUCAUUCCUCCUGCGUCUGGAGUGUGGAGGUCUACCCUGAAGUGAAGGACAGUAACCAGGCCUGCCUGCCCCCAAGUUCCUUUAUCACCUGUUCCUCAGACAAUACCAUCCGCCUGUGGAACACAGAGAGCUCCGGGGUACACGGCUCCACCCUGCACCGAAACAUCCUCAGCAAUGACCUCAUUAAGAUCAUCUAUGUGGAUGGGAACACUCAGGCCCUGCUGGACACCGAGCUGCCUGGAGGAGACAAAGCUGAUGGGUCCAUGAUGGAUCCCCGUGUGGGCAUCCGCUCUGUGUGUAUCAGCCCCAAUGGACAGCAUCUAGCUUCUGGGGACCGUGUAGGCACGCUCAGAGUGCACGAGCUGCAGUCCCUGAGUGAGAUGCUAAAGGUGGAGGCCCAUGACUCAGAAAUUCUAUGCCUGGAGUACUCUAAGCCAGACACAGGUCUGAAGCUGUUGGCGUCAGCGAGCCGGGAUCGGCUCAUCCAUGUGCUAGAUGCUGGCCGUGAAUAUAGCCUGCAGCAGACGUUGGACGAGCACUCAUCCUCCAUCACUGCUGUCAAGUUUGCAGCCAGCGAUGGGCAAGUCCGCAUGAUCAGCUGUGGAGCAGACAAGAGCAUCUACUUCCGAACUGCACAGAAGUCCGGAGAUGGAGUACAGUUUACACGGACGCACCACGUGGUACGGAAGACGACCCUCUAUGAUAUGGAUGUGGAGCCCAGCUGGAAGUACACAGCCAUCGGCUGCCAGGACCGAAAUAUUCGGAUCUUCAACAUCAGUAGUGGGAAGCAGAAGAAGCUGUUUAAAGGAUCACAGGGUGAGGACGGCACUCUCAUUAAGGUGCAGACAGACCCCUCAGGGAUCUAUAUCGCCACCAGCUGUUCUGACAAGAACCUCUCCAUUUUUGACUUCUUCUCAGGCGAGUGUGUGGCCACCAUGUUUGGCCACUCAGAGAUUGUCACUGGCAUGAAGUUUAGUAAUGACUGCAAACAUCUCAUCUCUGUGUCAGGGGACAGCUGUAUAUUUGUGUGGCGCCUGAGCUCUGAGAUGACCAUCAGCAUGAGGCAGCGUCUGGCCGAGCUGCGCCAGCGUCAGCGAGGGGGCAAGCCACAAGGACCAUCUUCUCCCCAAAGGGCUGCGGGUCCCAACCGGCAUGAGGCCCCAUCGAUGCUGUCUCCUGGACCAGCUCUGUCAUCAGACAGUGACAAGGAGGGAGAAGAUGAAGGCACUGAAGAAGAAGAACUGCCAGCUCUUCCUAUCCUUGCCAAGGGUACCAAGAAAGAGCCAGCCUCAGUGCCUGGCCCAGUCCUGCCCCGAAGCCUGUCCCACUGGGAGAUGAGUCGGGCACAGGAGACGGUGGAGUUCCUGGCCCCAGCUCCUGUGGCCAAUCAAGGACCCAGAAGGAGGAGCCGCUGGGCUCAGCCAGGCGUGGAGCUGAGUGUCCGCUCCAUGCUGGACCUGCGGCAGCUGGAGACACUGGCCCCAAGCCCUCGAGACCGUAGCCAAGACUUGCUGGCCAUGACCCCGUCUUGCCCUGGGAAACAUGGUCAGCAGGUCCCUCCUGAGACCUCACAUGCUAGCCAGAAUGAAAAGCCCCCUCGGCAUCAGGCUUCCCAACCCUGUUCCUGCCCCCACAUUAUUCGAUUGUUGUCCCAAGAGGAAGGGGUCUUUGCCCAAGAUCUGGAGCCUGCACCCAUCGAAGAUGGUAUUGUCUACCCGGAGCCGAGUGACAGCCCCACCCUGGAUACCAGUGAGUUCCAGGUGCAGGCUCCAGCCCGAGGGACCCUGGGAAGAGUGUAUCCAGGCAGCAGGGCCUCCGAGAAGCACAGCCCUGACAGUGCCUGCUCUGUGGAUUAUAGUAGCAGCCGCCUUUCCAGCCCUGAGCACCCCAACGAAGACUCUGAGAGCACGGAGCCCCUGAGUGUGGAUGGCAUUUCCUCAGACCUUGAAGAGCCAGCCGAGGGUGAUGAGGAAGAGGAGGAAGAAGAGGGAGGCACUGGCUCCUAUGGGCUACAGGAAGGCAGUCCCCAUACUCCAGACCAGGAGCAGUUUCUAAAACAGCACUUUGAGACUCUGGCCAAUGGGGCUGCUCCAGGGGGCCCGGUCCGGGUACCAGAGAGGACAGAGUCUCGGAGCAUCUCUUCACGAUUCCUGUUGCAAGUGCAGACCCCCCCACUCAGGGAACUGUCUCCAUCUUCCUCAAGCCUGGCGCUGCCAUCGAGACCAGUCCAGAUGCUGCAGGCUUCGGGUGAGCAGCUGAGAGGCAGUGGUGCCAGUCCUCCAGGAGCACCCCCAGAGGCAGAGCCCUCCCCUGGAAAUGGUGGCCCCCAGCAAGCAGUUCCUGUGCUGUUGCCACGACGCCGUCUCAACCCGGAUAGCAGCUGGUCUCCCAAGAGAGUGGCUGCAGCCAGCCCCUUGGGUGGACUCCAGAAAGCCCAGUCUGUGCAGAGCCUGGUGCCACAAGAUGAGGCCCCUCCACCGGGCCCAUUGCUCUUACGGGAGAUGGAAGCCCACGCGGGCCUGCGCUCCCUGCCACAGGCUGAUGGCUGUCUUUCUCAGCCUCACUCCUACCAGAACCCCACCACCAGUUCCAUGGCCAAGAUCUCCCGCAGCAUCUCUGUUGGGGAGAACUUGGGGCUGGCAGCCGAACCUCAAGCUCCUGCUCCCAUUAGAGUCUCACCGCUCAGCAAGCUAGCCCUGCCCAGCCGGGCUCACCUGGUCCUGGACAUUCCAAAGCCACUGCCUGAUCGUCCUACCCUGGCCACAUUCUCACCUGUUACCAAGGGCCGGGCCCCUGGUGAGGUGGACUGGCCUGGCUCCCCAGCAGGCCUGGGAAAGGCUCACAGUACAUCUGAGAGGCGGGCCUGUUUGGGGGAGGGUGCCCCUCUCAAGCCUAGGACAGAGUGCCAGGCUCAGCCUGGGCCCAACAGCCCCUGUGGCCAGCAACUGCCGGUCAGCCCCCUCUUCCGAGGCCCUGAGAACUUGCAGUCCCCAACCCCUGAGAAGACUCCCAGCCCCAUGGAAUGCACCAGGCCAGGGGCAGCCCUGAGCCAGGAAUCAGAACCAGCAGUGAGCCUGGAGCAGUGCGAACAACUUGUGGCAGAGCUCCAGGGCAACGUACGCCAGGCUGUGCGGCUCUACCACUUGGUACGUGUUGGACGCCUACCACCGAGCACGCGGCAGGCACCAAGACAUGGUUUUGCUGAAUUUAAAUCCUGCCAUCGUCCAAGGGGCCUUGGGGACCUGUCACCACACUAA